AUGGCGACCCGCCGUCGCACCGUCGGCCGCGAGCUCGAGCGCUUGAUCGAUAGAACCAUCUAUCCCGGUUUCAUUCGCUCGCAAUUGACGGUGUUUAAAGAGGACGGCUCGAUACAACAGGGUGCUGGCAAGGUAGUGCGCGCGCACACACAAACGUUCAGGAACUGA